AUGGGUUUUGGUGCGAAGUGGUGCAGCUGGCUUUGGGGUAUCCUUUCUUCGGCUAGGGCGUCUGUCCUGGUCAAUGGUUCUCCGACCUUUGAGUUUAAUUGCAGUAAAGGGAUGAGGCAAGGUGAUCCCAUUUCACCGUUCCUGUUUGUGGUAGUCAUGGAAGCACUUUCGUGUAUUUUUGACAAAGCAGUGGAGGUGGGAGUUUUUUCGGGGAUUAAGCUUCCGAAUGAUGGUCCGUCGUUGUCUCACUUGUUCUUUGCGGAUGACGCCCUUAUUGUUGGGGAAUGGGGUGAGAUGAACGCUCUGAAUGUAGUGAGAAUUUUAAGGUGCUUCCACGCGUGCUCAGGGCUAAGGAUUAAUCUCAGCAAGUCCAACUUAUAUGGGAUAGUGGCUAAUAGUGAGGAGGUGGAAGAUUUGGCUAAUGUGGUGGGGUGUAAACAAGACACCCUUCUCUUUAAAUACGUUGGGUUGAAGGUUGGGGCGAAUAUGAAUCGAAUAAACAAUUGGAAGCCUGUGUACGAUAUCUUUGAGUCCAGAUUAGCUCUUUGGAAAUCCGCGUUCUUGUCUAUGGGUGGGAGAAUUAAGCUCAUUCGUUCCGUUCUUUAA